AUGGGACGUAAAGCGAAAUUUGAUGAGAAUGAUAAAAUCAUUAAGAAAGGCCCUGGGCGUAAAAAUAAAAAACAAAGGGAUCCUGUUUUCGCACAGGAGAAAGAUGGCAAGAUCAGCAAAUCAAAAAGCCAUCGACAAAAACAAAGAGAAAUGAAAAGGCAAUUGAAACAGGCAGUGAAGAAACAGAAUACUUCACAAGAUAAGACUACAGCUAUUAAGAAGAAAUCUGGUGUUAACAAUAAUAUCAUAGCAAAUAAAAAAGACAAAGAUUCUUCAAAGCACCAUAAACUAGUAAAACCACAAAGUGUAACAUCUUCAGAAGAAUCUGAAGAGGAGAUAGUUUUAAAUACCAAAAAGAAGAAUAAUACCAUUAAAGAGUUUUCUGAUUCUAAUAAAACUUGGUUGACGCCCAAAAAGAAAAAAAUUGAAGAAGAAGAUGACGAUGACGAUUCUGAUAAUUCAGAAGUAGAUGAAGCUUCCGAAGAUUCAGAUGAAGAUCAGCAAGAAUCUGACAGUGAUGAUGAAGAAGUUGAUGAUGAUUGCAAAGUUGGGUCAUUAAAUGACGUAGAUGUUGAAAGUGAUGAUGAUGAUUCUGAUGAAAUUGGAGAUGAUUUUGGCAAUAAAGACGAUUCUGAUGAUGAUGACGAAGAUGAAAUGUUACCAAUAGAAAAAGAAAAUAAGAAGCUCAAAAAACAACAAAAAAGAGAAUUGAAUGAAUCUCAAGCAGAACUUCAAUUAAAUAUUGCUGAUAAAGAGCAUUUUGCUUUUCCUUCUGAAUCUGAGCUAGAGAAGCCUAUUUCAUUGCAAGAUGUGCAGAAACGAAUAAGAGAUAUUGUAAAUCUUCUGACAAAUGAAUCAGAACAUCUAAAAAAAGAUAAGGAGCAUUCCAGGAAGGAUUAUAUGGAGUUAUUGAAGACGGAUUUAUGUUCUUAUUACAGUUAUAAUGAUUUCUUAAUGGAAAAACUGAUGCAACUGUUUCCAUUGAAUGAGUUAUUGGAGUAUUUGGAAGCUAGUGAAGUCCAAAGGCCUUUAACAAUACGUACAAAUAGUUUAAAAACACGUAGAAGAGAUUUGGCACAAGCUUUGAUCAAUCGUGGUGUUAAUUUAGAUCCAGUUGGGAAAUGGACACAGGUUGGUUUAGUUGUAUACAGCUCAACUGUACCUAUAGGAGCAACUCCAGAAUAUCUGGCAGGGCAUUAUAUAAUUCAAGGUGCUUCUAGUUUUCUCCCUGUGAUGGCUUUAGCUCCUCAACCAAAUGAACGAGUUCUUGACCUCUGUGCAGCUCCUGGUGGCAAAUCUUCACACAUAGCUGCAUGUAUGAAAAACACAGGAGUUUUAUUUUCAAAUGACGUUAAUAAAGACCGUGCCAGGGCUAUUUCUGGAAAUUUCCAUCGGCUGGGUAUUGUGAAUAGUGUUAUUUGCUCCUAUGAUGGGCAGGAGAUUGAAUUGUUGCAGAGACUUCUGAUGUUACAAAAUCUUGUUCAACCGUGA